CGAGUAAAUUGUCAGCCAAGUGUUUAUGGUUUUUCAAUUUUACUGCUGCUGUCCUGCUCUUGACGCCGUCGGCCCUUGAAGAUGGACAGUGCGUCGAGAGGGGGACAGGAGACCGCUUGCCGGGACAGCAGCUCGUGUGUUAAAAAUACAUAAAAAAAUCCGAUGCUCGCAUGAAAUGUGCGCAAAAAUACACACGAGUGAGAGAGUGCUCUAUCAAGUGCGCUGUGGCCUGCGCGUUUCACCACGCCUCCCUGUUCAGGUGGAGACGAGCAUCCCGGAAGCGAGUGGCGCCGGCAAGCAGCAGAACGGUAAUUCCACGGACCAUGGCAGCAGCGAUAGCGAACGCGCGGAGCAGCUGUCGCCAGGGGAUGCACCGGGGGCCAGCGUAAUCAAUGGAAGCGGCGCCUCGCGUAUCUUUCAGAUACUCUACCGCAACGAGGAGGUGCCCCUGCGCGAUGUCAUCCACUUUCGCAGCCAUUUACUGGUUGACAGUCGUCACCUGAAGGAGUCGAUUGAACGGGCCGAGUUCUCGCUGCAGCUGGAGCUCUGGUUUGCGGAACAGAAUGGCACCAGCGGCUUCAUCAAUUCGGGCUCUGGCUCCUGCCUCACUCUGGCCUCCACAAGGACUCUGCAGCUGAACUUCCAUCCGGGACGCGGCCUUCAUUAUCAUCUGCCGGUGCUCUUCGACUAUUUCCAUUUGGCGGCCAUCAGUGUGGGCAUUCAUGCCAGUCUGGUGGCCCUCCAUCAGCCCUAUAUCAAGAAAAGCAUGUUCUCAUAUAUGAAGUUCUGCGCCCCACGCAGUUCGAAGCCCUGGAGUGCGGGAAAACUCAGUUGCAGGGGCAACACGUCGCCGGGGCCCUUGGAGGCGGUGUUCUUUGGCCCACAGAUCGGAGGCACCACCAAAUGCAGUGGCGGUCCCGCCGGUAGGCUCCUCCAGUCACGGGCCAUACACAAGGAGAUCUGCUGCCUCCUCCUGGGGGCUAUUGAGCAGCUGAAGGCGACUCUGAAUGAAUUCAGCACCGUUCUGCCGCCGAGCAUCAACUCGCAGAUUGGAUCGCCGCCCCUGAGGGAGAACGAUACGGGGGAGCGCCUGCAGCUGCUGCUGGAUCAGGCCAAGCUGCUGGAAGCGGAGGAGGACUUUGCCAUCAGGGCCAAUUCGGACAUUGCCCAGCUGUGUGCGGAGAGCAUCUUCUGGUGGCGUCGCGUGCUGCUGGCCUCGCGCUCCUCCACGGCGGUGCACACGCUGCUGGCGCGCAAGCAUCACAUCCUGCGGGUGCGUCGCUUCGCCGAGGGCUUCUUUGUGCUGGAGCAGCCGCGUCAUGCGGCGGCUGCCGGUUGCCAGGAGCAGGCCAAUGGCUCUCCCUCGCCGGGACACUGUCACGGGUAUGUGGCCAUUGCGGAGCUGGCCCGGAGGAGUCGCUAUCUCCAGUCGCUGCCGCCGCUUCCGGUCCACUGUACACCCAUCGAUGGGGAUGCCGCCUCGCUGCCGCUGAUCUUCGAGGAUCGGUAUGUAACGCCAGGGAGCAGCUACUCCCGUCGCCGUUCCGGCAGUGAUCCGCAGCUGGAGGAGACCUCCAUGGGACCACAGAAGAAGAAGGCGGACAAGACGCACUCGAGCAGCAGUCUGAACGGGAUCAAGGACUGCCUUGCGUGCCACUUCGACUACGAUUAUCCGCAGAUGAAUGGCUCAGGGCCCGCGCAUCCGCAUGCCAAGUGCGUGGUCACCCCACGCUUCGCCCUCGGCGGAGAGGUGCUCCAGGCCAGCCUCACGAUUGCGCCCUCGAAGGAGCCUCCACCUAUAGCCGUGGCUGUGGCUGUGGCUGCGCCACCAACCGCCGCCAUGCGUCACAAUCUGUCCAGGCACUCGGUCACCGGUCUACUGGAGGAUCUCGAUCUGGAUGCCCCUGGUGUGCACCAGGCCAGGCACAGCAAGUCGCUCGAUCAAUUGGAUGGCUGUGAGGCUGCUCCGGCGCCGCCCCUUGCCAGCCACAGCACCCUGCCACGCCUCCAGGCGGACGAUCUCAUGCGAAACAUCUGUGAAUUUCGACAGCGCUACGGCAAGAUCGACUAUCUGCACGAGAUAAAGCUGCUGAAUCCCCCGAAGCAGCACCAGCAGCAGCAACAGCAGCCAGGGGCAUACAACUCCCUGCCCAAGUCGAUGGUGCCGCCGCGGAACUCCUAUCCGCCGCCACCGCCCACGCAGCACACAACGAUGCCGCGGAGCAGCUCUUCGCAGAUUCCCCGAGCCGUGGAGAUUGCACGGGUGCGAGUGUCGGACAUCAAGGAGAUGCUGCGCCAGGGGCAGCUGCGCAAGGAGUCCAGCAGCUCCGAGAGCGACAUCAUGCAGAAGCUCCAGAUGCUCUCCUCCAACAGUGUGCCCUUCCGACUGGAUGCCGCCACCACCACGACGAUGACGAUGAAUGGGAAUGGCAAUGGGAAUGGCACCAGCAACAACAAUACCACCAGCAGCGAUCCGAAUACGAGCGGAUUCAGCGAAUCUCUGCCCAAUCUGGCGCCUCCGCCAGAGUUCGAUUCGGACUCGCAGCCGCGACGGCAGCGAAGCAACUCGACCUCGUCGCUGAGCGAGGAGAGUGGAUGGGUGAGCAGCCGGAGGAGCUCGCUGGCGGCCUCCAGUCCCGAUACCAUCACCAGCACGGGCCUGACAACGCGCCAACGGCACACGCAGCUCAAUCUCGGGAUGGGCAUGGCCAUGGAGACGCGUCUGAACGGGGAACAGCUGCGCCUGCGUCUGCAGAAGGUCCUGGAGCAGCAGCAGCAACAGCAGCAGCAUCCGCACAAGACACGCAAGAGACAGGCCGUCGGAGGGGCGGGCUCCUGCAGCCAGAGUCGGACGCCUGCCCGCCAGCAGCAGCAACAGCAGCAGCAGCAGGAGUUGCACAAGAAGACCUCCUCGGUGACGGUGACCAUCAAGAGGGAGCGCUCUCGCUUCCAGUUGGAUCGAUUGCGUCAUCUGCCGAACGGCGAGUCGACGGAGAUGGAGGAGAUGGAGCCGCCGCCGCGACGCAAUCGCCACAGGCAUGCGAACAAGUACGAGAAGUCCAAGUCGGACUUCGACAUUACCAGCCUGAAGGAUAUGCAGCCGCUGGAUGCCGUGUGCCUGCCGCCGCCGCAGCAGUUCCAGGAUCAAGAGCAGGAGGUGAUAGCCCUCGCCCUCACGCUGGCUCCCCCGCCCCCCGAUGAGUUUCGCGAUCCGCCGCCAGAGCCAGCGCCGACAGCAGCUCCAGCUCCAGUUCCCGUUCCCGUUCCCAUUCCGAAUCCGGCUCUAGCUGCCACGCCCCUUCCAGCGCCCAGAACCAAACUCGUGGCACCGCCAGCAGCGCCGCCGCUGAAGGAGCGCCAGCCCGUGGGGGCUAUCGAUAAUCCGGUGUACCACAUCUACGAGUCACUGCGUCCCAUCUCCACGCCGGCCAUCUUCAGCAACAAGCCAGUGCUCAAAUCGCACAGCCUGGCCGAGCUGAAGCGUCCGCAGAACCUUCAGAAUCCUCCGAAUCAUCAGUGUAAGACGCAUCAUGGCCAGGAGAACGGCUUGGAUGCCGCCGAACAGGAUGAGAACAAGGAAAACGCCCACUCCCACUGCCAGUCCCAAUCCCACGGACAGGUGCGUGGAAAGACCAACACUGGGGGAACGGGACCGGGACCGGGAACGGGAACCAAUACCAGCUCGAAGCACAAGCGCAAGGGCCAGCAGCCAGCUGCAGUCCAGGAGGCGCCGCCAAGCAUCUCUCUGCUGGAGUUUGAGAAGUACCGGGAGGAGUUCCGCAAGCAGAUCAAGUACCAGGGCACCAUCUACUCGGACUACGUGCAGCUGGCCUCCGAGCUGCCCUACUUCUACAUCAGCGACGAGUACCGCGCGUUCUCCCCGAACGGCAUGCACUUGAUAAUCUGCGUCCAUGGAUUGGAUGGGAAUUCCGCUGACCUGAGGCUGGUGCGGACAUAUCUGGAGCUGGGUCUGCCGGGCGUAAAUCUGGAGUUUCUCAUGUCCGAACGGAAUCAGGGCGAUACCUUCUCGGACUUUGACACCAUGACUGAUCGGCUGGUUACCGAGAUACUCUACCAUAUCGAUAGCUGCGCCUUGAACCCCGCACGCAUCUCGUUCGUGGCCCACUCUUUGGGUACCAUCAUUGUGCGGAGUGCUCUGGCCCGUCCACAGAUGCGACCCCUGCUGCCGCGCCUGCACACGUUCCUCUCGCUCUCCGGCCCGCAUCUGGGGACGCUCUACAACACCAGUGGAUUGGUUAAUAUGGGCAUGUGGUUCAUGCAAAAGUGGAAAAAGUCGGGCUCUUUGCUGCAGCUCUGCAUGCGCGAUACCACGGAUAUGCGCAACAGCUUCCUCUACCGCCUGAGCCAAAGGAGCACGCUGCAUCAUUUCAAGAACAUCCUGCUGUGCGGUUCCAGUCAGGAUCGCUAUGUGCCGGCGCACUCGGCACGCCUCGAGCUGUGCAAGGCAGCCAUGAGGGACAGCUCCACGCUGGGAACUAUCUACAGGGAAAUGGUGCACAAUGUAAUUGCUCCGAUUCUGGCCAGACCCGAACUGACGCUGGCCCGCUUUGAUGUCCACCAUGCGCUGCCACACACCGCGAACACGUUGAUAGGCAGAGCCGCACACAUAGCAGUCCUAGACUCGGAGCUAUUCAUUGAAAAGUUCAUGCUAAUUGCGGGCCUCAAGUAUUUCAGUUAACCAGUCAAUCACAUCGACCAGCAUCCAGCAUACCAUGCCCUCCCCAAUGGGCGGAACCAAAAUCUUGCUGACUUUUUAACGGACAUUUCAUAGAGUCCUAGCCCCGAGCGUUAGCCUCCACUUACAAUACAUAUGUUGUAUAUGUAUGUAAACCCUAGACAAGUACUCAUAUUUUAAAGUUAUUUAAUGUGUAAAAUCAAAAGGAUCUAUAUCUAUUCAGUUGUAUACAGUAUACAGUCGAUAAGGCGAAGCACUCGAUGAACCAGAUGCAGAAGCAGAAACAGCCAAGCCAACUGAUUCCAAGGAAUUUAUUGAAGCAAAUCGUUAGACUUGAAUUUUUUACCAAUGCAAAUCUUUUGUAGCGAAUUGAGACACGAACGAAGAAGGGAAGAAUAACACGAAGAACGAAAUCAAAACAAAAGCAAAACCAAAAACAAAAACCAAAGAAUGUUUAAUCAAAAAAGCAAAACCAAAAGACCAGCAUAACUCUGUUGAAAACGUGUGUGUUAUCGGUAAGAUACAUUUUUUGUAGCUGUAGCGAAACGAAACGAAGCGAAGCCAAAGAGCCACCAUCAUAUAAGUAGUGUUACAUUCAAGUUCAAAACUAUACACGAGACUUUUUUCAAAACACGCGGUUGAAUUGCAUAAUGAAAUUGAAUAGAAAUGAUCAUGUUAACGUAUACGUAACGUAACUAUCGAAUGUACUCGUAGUUUGAGCACGGUCGGUCAAAGCAAUUUUGCAUUUCGAUGACAGUAGCAGAAUAAUAUUAGCAAUUUUUAAGACUAAUCCCCCAAACACAGAAACAAACGACAACAAAAUGGUUUUUUUUCCAAACUUUGUACUGUUGGGAAAGAGAAGAACAAAUUUAGAAAAACUAGAGAAUAGAAAUAGAGGUAGAGGGUAGAGCUAGAGCUAGAUGAGUUGGUAAAGUAUGACAGCAGUAAAGUAGAUCUGAGGGCAUUUUAUGGAGAGAGAGCGUCAAUUAAGCUGGUUUUUUUUUUUUUUGUUUGCCAGCAGAUUUGGAUUUUUCAUUGGGAACAAGAAAGAAGUUUAUUGGCGGAGCAGAGCAGAGCAGUUAGGACAACUUUUGCGAAUUCGUAGUCUAGUCUUAGGUGUAACUACAAUAUGAUAUGUAUGUGUGUGUGUGUGUAUGUGUGUUUUCAGAGCUUUUUCAAAUUGUUGUUGUGAACAAAUCAAAUGUUUGGCUCUCAUUGGGAUCUGAGGCCCACUGAGAGCGUACCCUACCAGAACUUGCAUUCUUCGUACUAUGUGUAUAACCGUCCCAAAUGUAAAAACUGUAUCAACUUGCUAAAAACUACAAAACAAA